UGAAAAAGAAAGCGUUCAUCUGUCAUGGCUGAAAAGAGGAAUGUUUGGGAGCUGCCACUUUUUAUUCUAUUAAUUUCAGUGUCAGGGUUGCAUUUAUUAAUAUGUCCAUUUACUAAAGUUGAAGAAAGUUUCAAUUUACAAGCGGCGCACGACAUUCUGUAUCACAGACUUGAUUUUGAGAAGUAUGACCAUCAUGAAUUCCCUGGUGUGGUGCCUCGUACCUUCCUUGGGCCCCUCUUCCUCUCCACGCUCUGCUCCCCUGUUGUUUUUCUGUUGUCUCUGUUUGAUGCACCAAAAUUCUACAAUCAGCUUAUAGUCAGAGCUUCCCUGGGUUUAUGUGUCAUUGGUGCACUAUGGCACAUGCAGCGAGAGGUGAGAAGACAGUUUGGCUCCACAGUUGCAGGUCUAUUCUGUCUAACUAGUGCUUCCCAAUUUCACCUGAUGUUCUACAGCACAAGAACGCUCCCUAAUGUGUUUGCCCUGCCAGUAGUUCUCCUGGCAUUCACAUCCUGGAUGGCUCAGAAGCACGGCCGCUUCAUUAGCCUCUCUGCGUUGGUUAUCAUUGUGUUCCGGUCGGAGCUCUGCAUCUUCCUGGGUCUUAUGCUAUUGAUGUCGCUGCUGAGCAGGAGGCUGGGAGUGCUACAGCUGCUUUACUACGCUGCUCUGGCUGGAAUAUUUUCCCUGGCUCUGACAGUAGCUGUUGACACCUUUUUUUGGAGGAAACUUCUGUGGCCUGAGGGGCAGGUGUUGUGGUACAACACUGUCCUUAAUAAAAGUUCCAACUGGGGAACUUCUCCUUUUUUAUGGUAUUUUUACUCUGCGGUACCUCGUGCCCUGGGCUGCACGCUCCUCUUCAUCCCAUUUGGCCUCCUUGACAAGCGAAUGAGACUUCUGCUGCUUCCCACUGUUGGCUUCAUUUUUUUGUAUUCACUCUUGCCCCACAAGGAGCUGCGUUUCAUCAUAUACACUUUCCCAGUGCUCAGUUUGGUGGCUGCGCGUGGCUGCUCUUUCAUUUUGUGUAACUACCAGAAAUCUUGGAUGUAUAAACUUGGCUCUGCAGUUGUGAUUGGCCAGCUGUUGGUCAACGCGAUGUACUCAAGCUUUUGUCUGCAUGUGUCUCACAACAACUACCCUGGAGGCAAAGGAAUGCAGGAACUACACAGGCUGGUGCCAGCCACAGCAGAGGUUUUUGUCCAUAUUGACACCUUUGCUGCUGAGACAGGAGUGUCACGCUUUUUAGAGCAAAACCAAAACUGGAGAUAUGACAAACGAGAGGAUUUAAGUCCCACAAGUCCUGAAAUGAAAAUGUACUCGCACCUUCUGAUGGAGGCUAACGUCACCAAGAUGCAGCAGCUCCAGGAUACUCAUCGGCCUCUGGCCUUCAUAGAAGGUUACAGCAACAUGGCCUUCAGCAUGGCUCAUUUUCCUCCUGUUACGGUGCGUUUAGAGAGGAAAGCUGUGCUGAUGGAGAGAAAAAUUGACUGACUUCUUUAAAGGAAACUGAACUGGAAUGGGAUGAGUUUGGGUAAUUGUUUGAAAGGGGACCAAAAAAAAAAGAGAAAAGUUUGGACUGCUGUUAAUACAGGACAUACGUGCAUAACUAAAAGAAUGGGUACAAAAUUUUCUCAAGGUAUCACAUUUUCUUAAUGCUGUUGAAAUGUUUUACAUCAUAAUUUGAUUUGUAUUUUUGCAUAUUAUUGAAUAAAGCUAAAGGGGAACAAGAGGAAAAGCAAA